GCUCAUGGGCGUUCUUGUACCGAUAAGAUUAGAAUUUGGGGUUGAAUUAUUCGAUUUAAAUCUUCAACCUCAGUUUGAGAAGAGACUUGGUUGGGAAAAUGCUAAGACUAUGUUUCGAAAUAGAAAUCAAAGUUUUGAUACUAUUUGUCUUAAUAUUCCACAAUACUUCAGCCGAUGAAAAUUUGUAUGAGACUUGUCUCUCUGAAGAGGAGGAUCAAACCAUUGUCAGGUGGUACAGUGACAUAAAUCAAUGCCUUGAGGGUUAUAAAGAUACUGAGCAUAACAUGUUGAAACUCCAGACUGAAAAUGAGGUUUUGCAGCAAAGGAUCAAGCAUUUGGAACAACAUUUGUUGGCACUUUCCGAAAGACUUGCAAAUUUUGAAGUACCUUCCAGUGUUGUUGUACAGAGACGUGUGGAUGGUUCGGAAAAUUUCGACAGAAAUUGGGAAGAUUAUAAAAUGGGAUUUGGCAGUAGUUAUGGUGAAUUCUUCAUAGGUUUGGAUAAAUUGCACACUCUAACCAACACAAAACGCUAUGAGCUGUUAAUUGUUAUGGAGGACUGGCAAUAUGAGCGACGUUAUGCCAAGUAUGAUAACUUUGUCGUUGGCAACGAAACUGAGAAAUACAUGAUAAAAAGUUUGGGCAAAUACAGUGGCACUGCUGGUGAUUCUCUCUUUUAUCAUAAGGGCAAAAAAUUCUCCACCAAGGAUCAGGACAAUGACUCUUUUGUGGAAGGCAGCUGUGCUCAUGACCAUGCAGGUGCCUGGUGGUUUGGCAAUUGUUUAUACAGCCAUCUUAAUGGACCUUAUCUGAAGUCGAAGAAAAUAGCUUAUCAUCGCGGUAUUAGCUGGACCACUUUCAAAGGAGAUUAUUAUUCGUUGAAAUUUGUUGAAAUGACUCUACGUCCUCACAUAUCAUAGGGAUGUUUUGGGAAAUGUUUGCGCUAGUUUAUUGUACAUAUUUGUUGUAAAAAUAUAGAAAUAUAAAAUGUGGAAAAAUU